CCACUUUUUUUUUUUGGUACAGCACUCUCAUUCACUAAAACGCAUUAAAACCCCCCCGAAGUGUCCCGCAAGAACAGCGUUCGAUCGAGCAGAACAAAUCGGUGGCAGGAUCGACUCCGAGCGGUCUCCUCCCUCCAAAGAAAGAAGGAAGGCUGAAGGCGACGCCACGCAAGAAGCAAUACGGAUCAAUGGCUGCUUCGGAGGAGAACAAUUCACUUUUCCUAAUUUUCAUCUUAACCAUGAUUGCACUACCUUUGAUGCCUUACACAAUCCUGAGGUUAUGUCGUGCUGCAACUAAGAAAACAAAGACAAUCCAUUGCCAAUGCUCUGUAUGUUCACAUUCAGGGAAGCACAGAAAAUCCAUAUAUAAGCGGAUUUCAAACUUUUCAACAUGUGGCAAUCUUACCAUUUUGCUGCUUUGGGUUGUCAUGGUGAUUUUGGUUUACUACAUUAAACAUAUAAGCCGUGAGAGUCAGCCAUUUGAGCCGUUUAGUAUUCUUGGAUUAGAGCCAGGAGCUUCAGAGUCAGACAUAAAGAAGGCAUAUCGACGACUCUCUAUUUUGUACCAUCCUGAUAAAAAUCCUGAUCCAGAGGCCCACAAGUACUUUGUAGAGUUUAUAUCCAAGGCAUAUCAGGCUUUGACUGAUCCUAUAUCUCGUGAAAAUUAUGAAAAAUAUGGUCACCCAGAUGGCCGGCAGGGAUUUCAAAUGGGGAUUGCCUUACCUCAGUUCUUGCUUAAUAUUGAUGGAGCAUCUGGUGGAAUACUUUUGCUUGGGAUUGUCGGAGUUUGCAUUCUCUUGCCUUUGAUGAUAACAGUUAUAUAUUUAUCAAGGUCUUCAAAAUAUACCGGGAAUUAUGUCAUGCAUCAAACUUUGUCGACAUACUACUAUUUCAUGAAACCUUCUUUGGCUCCAAGCAAGGUUAUGGAUGUCUUCAUUAAGGCUGCAGAAUACAUGGAAAUGCCAGUUCGUAGAAGUGAUGAUGAACCCCUCCAGAAACUUUUUGUGGCAGUUAGAAGUGAGUUAAAUCUGGACUUGAAGAACAUCAGGACAGAACAGGCAAAGUUUUGGAAGCAACAUCCUUCCCUAGUUAAGAUGGAAUUGUUGAUUCAAGCUCAUUUAACUCGUGAAUCAGCUGCUUUAUCUUCAGCUUUACAGAAAGAUUUUAAGCGCAUGCUUGAACUUGCACCUCGUCUUCUUGAAGAAUUAAUGAAGAUAGCUGUACUACCACGCAGUCCUAAGGGAUAUGGAUGGCUCAGGCCUGCAAUUGGUGUGGUUGAACUUUCUCAAAGUAUCAUCCAGGCUGUUCCUCUCGGUGCAAGAAAAGCAGCUGGGGGAAACUCUGAAGGCAUUGCACCCUUUUUGCAGCUUCCACAUUUCAGUGAGGGAAUUGUUAAAAAAAUUGCUCGAAAGAAAGUUCGUAUGUUCCAAGAGCUACAAAAUAUGACCGUGCACGACCGGUUCGAGCUGCUGACUCAGACUGCAGGGCUUUCUGCUGCUGAAGUACAUGAUGUAGAGCUUGUACUUGAGAUGAUCCCUUCUAUCACAGUUGAGAUCACAUGUGAAACUGAAGGGGAAGAAGGCAUACAAGAGGGUGACCUCGUCACAAUGUAUGCUUGGGUCACACUCAGGCGUGGGAAUGGCCUUGUAGGUGCCCUACCCCAUUCUCCUCUUUUCCCCUUCCACAAGGAGGAGAACUUUUGGCUACUGCUUGCAGACACUGCCUCAAAUGAUGUGUGGCUGUCUCAGAAGGUCAGUUUCAUGGAUGAGGACACCGCAAUUGCAGCUGCAUCCAAGGCAAUUCAAGAAAUAAAGGAGGCUUUGGGAGCAAAUGCUAAGGAAGUAAGUUAUGCAGUUAAAGAGGCAAUUGAGAAGGUGAAGAGUGGGUCCAGAUUGGUAAUGGGUAAAUUUCAGGUCCCUGAGGAGGGGAGCUACAAUCUGAGCUCCUACUGCUUGUGUGAUGCAUGGAUAGGCUGCGAUACCAAGACCAGCUUAAAGCUAAAAGUUCUGAAGCGGAGCCGGGCUGGAACAAGGGGCCAUGGGGCAGAAGAAGGACCAGUGGCAGAAGAUGGUGUUGAGGAAGAAGAGGAAGAGGAGGAAGAGGACUAUGAUGAUUAUGAGAGUGAGUACAGUGAUGAUGAGGAUGACGAGAAGGAUGUGGAAAGCAAGGUGUCAAAUGGAGUUGCUCAUCAAAGAGGCGUCUCGAGCAGUGAAGAAGAUUCAGGCACUGAUUAGCAAAAAUUCUCUUUUGUUUUCUUCAUUUUGCCAUACACUGCAAAAUAUAUUUUUUGACGUCCAUUUUCUCUCAUGUGAUAUAAGCACCAGCUUACUUCAUAUCAAUGCAUACCCAUAAUUUUUUGAUCUGUGUAUUGGUGGCAUUUCUUAUGUUGCAUAUUUGCAAGCAGAUGAUGGUUGAGCAAACAACCAUGUA